AUGGCGGCGACGCCGAUGCCGGCAGCCAGAAUCGUGUCGGUGGCUGUUUACGAGGAUAUCCAUGACGCUCUUGCUGCAGUGCCGUUGGGACACGAGCAGGACCGUCAGGCGCUCUACCUCACGCUUGCCGAGAAGCAUGGGCUUCCCCUUGAGACCAUUGCGUCACUCAGUGCUGCACUUUUACGACAAUGGAUUCCCAAAAGGGAGAAGGAAGUCAAGCCCGACCAACGGCGGCAGGUGUUUGAGCGGUAUCGCAAGCUACCACCCGUGCGUCGUUUUGCUCAGCAACAGCUGACCUGCUUUUGCACUCGAUGGGUUUCCCUUGAUCAUCCAUCUGAGACUCUUGCGCCCACCCACGUGCCCACGAAUGUAUUCACGCGUGAGCGCUUGGUCCCUGACAUGUUUUGCCGGCUGGCCCAAGAGGAAGGGCGGACGCCCGUGCGCAUCAUCAAGGACAUUCUGUGCCGACUCAUCUCCUUUCAAGAUCGCCUCCGCAAUGUGACUCGCACCAUCACCCAGAACAAGCAGUUGGCCAAGUCCCUUCUGCGGCAUCCCGAGCAACUGCGGACCAGCGAGCUUUUCGCCACCGAUCAAGAACUCGAGGCCUUUUUGGAGGCCAUGCAACUGGCGUUUCAGGUUGAGACGUGUGAGGGACCCCUCCGACUUCAGGAGGCCAGCGAGAUUGGUCAAGCCUACGAGGACCGUCUGCUUCAUGACUGUUCCACGCUUGCCGUCCGCAUCAUGGACGAGAACCUAUGCCGCGCCGUCGGGCUGAACGUAACUCCAGACGUUCGUUUUCCGUUUGCCAUUCCCUGUGCUGGGCUGGCCGUCACGUGGAUGGAUUCCAAAGCCCUUUUUGCUGAUGCUCCAACCAUCGUGGAUCACCUCGCACAUCAGUUUACGCGUUAUCAACGCUUGCUUGGUGCUGGCAUUGCCGUCUACUGGUUUGGUUUCGUGGCUCAAGUGCCUCGUCAAUUGGCCAAGGCACACAACCUAGAGGUUCGCGAUGAUGACCCAGAACUUGUGGACACGAUCGAGCUUUGUCGGCGCCACCUGGUUCUGCCCGUCGUGUCUUGUCCUCGAGCUGAGCUAGAGCGUGGCCUGGCGCACUUGAAAAACGCGUACACCAGUCUCUGA